AUGGGGUUGUUGCUUUCCUUUCCAAUCGCUGGUAUAUUUGGAUCGGUCGCUUCAUCAUGUCUAGCUGGGCUGGCAUUCUUCUGCACAUCCACAGCGGCGUCCAUGUUCUGCAAGUCAUGUAAUUGCAACUCGUCAAUUGCCACCCGUAUCGGAUUUGCGAUGAUAUUCGCAUUAAACUCGAUGCUAGCAUGGCUCAUGAAGACCGACUGGGCCAUCAAACUCAUAGAGAAGUACAGCUACGACUACAUCAAGAUGGACUGCGCAGGGGACAAAUGCUACGGUGUACUGGCUGUUCACCGUAUCUGCUUCGCUCUCUCCUUGUUCCACCUCAUCCUCAGCACAUCGCUCGUUGGCGUACAAGACACGAAGGAUAAGCGGGCCUCCAUUCAGAAUGGAUGGUGGGGUCCCAAGGUCUUGCUCUGGAUCGUCUUGGUUGCUAUCAGCUUCUUCAUUCCAAACGGCUUCUUUAUGUUCUGGGGCAACUACGUCUCCCUGAUCGGUGCAACUAUCUUCAUACUCCUCGGUCUCGUUCUCCUCGUCGACUUUGCCCAUUCAUACUCUGAAAUGUGCCUUGAUAAAUGGGAGAACUCACCAACCAACUCGAAUAUGUGGCAAUACAUCCUUGUCGGCUCUACCGCGGCCAUGUACGCAUUCGCUAUCACCCUCACUGGUGUCAUGUAUGGCUUCUUCGCCAACUCCGGUUGCACCCUGAAUCGCUUCUUCAUUUCCUUUAACCUUGCACUAUGCCUUGUCAUCACCAUAAUGUGUAUCCACCCGACAAUACAAGAAUACAACCCUCGCUCAGGUCUCGCCCAGUCGGGUAUGGUCGCUGCGUACUGUACUUAUCUCAUCGUCAGUGCGGUCAGCAAUCACGCCCACGCUGCACAGGGUUGUAAUCCGAUACUGAAGGCUGGUGGCACGCGAACAACAACGGUUGUGCUCGGUGGGAUAUUCACCUUCGUCGCGAUUGCAUACUCGACCACCCGUGCUGCGACUCAAAGUCGUGCCCUAUCCGGAAGCUCCAAGAAGUCCGGCGCGCUUCAUCUUCCCAUUGAUAGCGAAACUGCUGGGCAUGCCGAGAUGGGAGUAGUCAACACACAACCUGGGCGCAUGGAGUCGCCGCGCUACCAGGCGCUUCUUGCUGCAGUCGAAGCUGGUGCUAUUCCCGCCUCCGCCCUCGAGGAGGAGGAAGACGAGGAGGAAGACGAAGAACUUGGCGAGACUCGCGAUGACGAACGUACAGGAACCCGAUAUAAUUACUCCUGGUUCCACAUCAUUUUUGCCAUUGCUGGGAUGUAUGUUGCCAUGCUGUUAACGGACUGGAACGUAGUAUCGAAGAACCCUAUCGGUGACGCCCCAACCGACCCCGACUCUGAUGUAUACAUCGGGCGAUCCGAGGUGGCAAUGUGGAUGAGAGUGGUGUCGAGUUGGGUGUGCAUGUUGUUGUAUAUGUGGAGCCUCCUGGCCCCCGUUCUUAUGCCAGAUCGCUUUGACGAAUACUAG